UGCUCCGGCGGAGGAGAGGACCAGGCAGGGAGCGAGCGAGGCGAGGAACCCCGGCCGGCCCCCCCUCCCUGCCCCCGGAGAGAGCGAAAGUCGGAGCCACUGGACUCCCCACCGCCCCCCACCCCCCACCCCCCAUCCCCAGCCCCCGGAGGAGGACCCGAGGGAGAGAGAGAGAGGGAACCGCGUUUCCACGGGAGAGGCCUCGGUGCAGGGCUGCAGCAUGUUUGCGUCGGUGAUGGCCUUUGAGGGACAGCAGUACUCCACUCUGAAGAGGCAGUCGCUGCAGAGCGGCCUGCUCUUUGAGGACCCCCGCUUCCCCGCCACCGAUGACUCACUUUUCUACCAGGGCAACAGGAUCGGACGCGUGGUGUGGAAGAGGCCGCGGGAGCUGUGUGAGGACCCUCACUUGUUCGUGGAUGGCAUCAGUGCGCACGACCUCCACCAGGGGCAGCUGGGGAAUUGUUGGUUUGUGGCGGCCUGCUCCAGUCUAGCCUCGAGAGAGUCCCUAUGGCAAAAAGUGAUUCCCGACUGGAAGGAGCAGGAGUGGGACACGGAGAAGCCCGACUCGUACGCCGGCAUCUUCCACUUCCGCUUCUGGCGCUUCGGCGAGUGGGUGGACGUAGUGAUCGACGACCGGCUGCCCACCGUGGACCACCAGCUGGUCUACUGCCACUCCAAUGACAGCAAUGAGUUCUGGAGCGCGCUGGUGGAGAAGGCCUACGCCAAAGUGUACGGCUGCUACGAGGCUCUGGACGGCGGCAACACAGCAGACGCUCUGGUGGACUUCACGGGGGGGGUCUCGGAACCCGUGGACCUGCUGGAGGGUCAGAUGGCAACGGACGAGGCGGCCCGCAAUCAGCUGUUUGAACGAGUCCUCAAAGUGCACAACCGAGACGGCCUUAUCAGCUGCUCCAUUAGGGCAACCACGGUGGAGGACAUGGAGGCGCGGCUGGACUGCGGCCUGGUGAAAGGCCACGCCUACGCCGUGACCGACGUCCGGAAAGUGCGGCUGGGUCACGGCUUGCUGGCGUUUUUCAAGUCGGAGAAGCUGCAGAUGAUCCGCAUGAGGAACCCCUGGGGGGAGAAGGAGUGGAGCGGCCCUUGGAGCGACAGUUCGGAGGAGUGGAACAAGGUGAGCAAGAGCGAGAGGGAGAAGCUCGGCGUCACCGUGCAGGACGACGGCGAGUUCUGGAUGACGUUCGACGACUUCUGCCAGUACUUCACUGACCUGAUCCUGUGCCGACUCAUCAACACGUCGUACCUGAGCAUCCACAAGACGUGGGAGGAGGAGGUGAUGCAGGGCUCCUGGGUCCACCGCCAGGACCCCCUGCGCAACCGCUCGGGCGGCUGCAUCAAUCACAAGGCCACCUUCCUCCAGAACCCUCAGUACGUGUUUGACGUGAAGAAGGUGGAGGACGAAGUGCUGAUCUGCUUGCAGCAGAAGGAGAAGAGAGCCACGCCCAAAGAGGGGAAAGGGGAGAACCUUGCCAUAGGUUUCGAUAUCCACCAGGUGGAGGUGAACCGCAAAUACCGCAUGCACUCGGCCCAGCAGAAGGUGGCGGGCUCCAUCUACAUCAACUCGCGCUGCGUCUUCCUCAGGAAGGAGAUGAAGGAGGGCCGCUACGUCAUCAUCCCCACCACCUUCGACCCGGGCCAGCAGGGAGACUUCCUGCUCCGCGUCUUCACCGACGUGCCUUCGGACUGCAAAGAGCUGACCCUGGACGAGCCUCCUCAGACGUGUUGGACGGGCAUGUGCGGCUACCCUCAGCUCGUCACCCAGGUGCACGUUCUCAACGCCGAGGGUCUGCAGGGACAGGAUUCCAAUGGAGCGGUAGACCCGUACGUGAUCAUCACCUGCGAAGGCGAGAGGGUCCGCUCGCCGGUUCACAAGGACACCCGGUGCCCCAAUUUUGACAUCAAGGGUCUGUUCUACCGCAAAAAACCCAAAGAGGGAGUCCACAUCGAGAUCUACAACAAGAACAUGAUCGUGGACACGUUCCUGGGUCAAGUGGUGAUGUUCAGCGACCCCAACGAGCGUCAGGAGCAGCACACGCUGCACCUCCGAGACAAGGGCAGUCGCCAGGACAGCGACCUGCCCGGCACGCUCACUGUGCGCCUCAUCACCUCCACCACGCUCACCAACAUCUGACCGCCACUCCCCGGUUUCUCUCGCCAAGUUUUUGCUUUCCCCAAAUCUCUCGCCAUGUUUCCGUUAUGUUUCUCUUGCCAAUUGUUUUCUUUCCCCCUUUUCCUCACAGAAAUGUAUUCUUUACCCCAUUUAUUUUGCCACUUUUCCCCCACGUUCCUCUCACCAGUUUUUUUCAACAUUUUUCUCAUCAAUUUUUCCGUCGUCAAUUCUCUCACCAUUUGUAUAUUUCCCAUUUUCUCACCACAUUUCUCUCCGUUUUUUCUACCCCCAUUCCUCCCAUUAAUGUUUACCUUUCCCUUUUUUCUCACCAAUUGUUUUCCCUUUCUCCACUUCUCUCCUCAAUUUCCACCAUUUCGCUCAUCAUUUUUUUCCUUCUAAUUGUUUCUCAUUAUUUUCUUUCCCAUUUCUCUUGCCGAUUUUUUCUUUCCCUGUUCCUGUUUCCAAUUGUUUUCCCGCCAAUUUUUUUUAGACAUUCCCCCGUUUCUCUCGCCAAUUUCUCCAACCUUUAAACUGACAUUUGAAUGGCCUUUAUUUACUUCAAUAUCUUUGUUCAGUGUCGCUGCUCGCGUUGCGUCGUAGGUUUCGCCGCUGAAAAAAAGGCCAAAAUAGAACGCUUCCUCUAUCUUUUACAUUAUUUAUUUUUUCAUUGUGCAAAAUCACACCCACAUGAGAUGCACAUGUAUUACAUAUGCAGACAUUUCUGCACUCCCAUGCAUGUGCCAACGUCUCCAAGGGCUAUGCAUUGCCUUAAGGCUGUGUCUGUCUGUCUUUCACAUGGAUUGGGGUCAAGGGUGGGUCAGGUGGGUUUUUCGCUGUCUGUCAGCUGUCUGACUUUGUGUUCGUGUGGCCGCCAUGUUUGUUUAGAGCAGGGUUUCCCAAACCUUGGCGCAGGCCCAUCAAUGUGCCCCAAAAACUAUGAACCCCCAUUGAGCAUGUAGCUAUGUUGAUUUUGCCCUUGCGCACUACAGUUUUCACUCUGCGACUGGUUUUGGGCCCCCUAGCCCCUCAGUUUGGGAAACCCUGGUUUCUAUCAUGGCAGCAUCUUACUUUCUCUUUUCUACCCGUAAAUGCUGACAAUGCAUUUUGUAUCCGUGGCUCCAGUUCAACUUUUGGCGAGCGUGCGCCCCCCCCUCAGCCUCAGAUGAAAGCCAACAGCCGCAAUUGUGAGACCUCGCUUUUUCCCGUCUUCCUUCACUUUCAAACCGAGACGCUUCUCUGCCGGAUGCUAUGGACGACCUUCUAACCGCAUGGCCUGGAAAGACUUAUUUUUUCCACCCGUGCUGCACAUCUCUGCGGUCGUAGCUUAGUAGCUGGCGUCUGUCCUCGGAGUUGCUACCCCCCGCUCCUAAACAAGCGCUUUACGGGACCAAAGAGCAGCCAGCCAGCCAGUCAGCCCCCGCUCCUUUGUAACCCUUUCCAACUGGCACUUGGGCUCGAGCCUAGCGAUGAAAUGCCACCCCCUGUGCCACAUCAUCUUCUUAACGGCAACACCACUGCCUGACACUGUGUGUGUGUGUGUGUGUGUGUGUGUGUGUGUGCGUGUGUGCUACUUAAUCUUGUGUAUUCGGGCGAAUGUAUAUCUGUUGAUGGGAGGAAUGGUUGCGAAACCGGCAGAUUACCAUUUAUUGGGAACACACACCUUCCACUUUUGUUUGUUUUUUUGCUGGGGGGAAACCAUGAAGAAAACAAACAGUGCCAUGGUGGUUUCAGGCCAGGUUUGCCUCCUUAAAGAAAUGCAACUUUGGGGUCCCUUUCUUGGAUUUUUCUUGGAACAGUCACUGGUACUUUAUAUUCUGAUGAUUUACCCUUCUUUAUAGGGAUGGGCAUUAAAUUUAGCAAUCAGUUUAUUGAUUAUAAAUGAUUUAGAAAAGGGAAGAGGAAAAAAAUCAAACCCCUUUCACAUUCCCUGCAUUUCUGUAAUGAGUCCUAAUGAGAUCAUUUCAUAAUUUGCACUUUGAAACUUUAUGUAAUCUUUUUUUGAAAGUCAGCCUGAAAUUUUUCUGGCGACAUCUUAUUACGUCAAUUUUGAACUGACACUGAAUAGAAUUCGGCCCGGCAAGUUUCCUGCUUAGAUGUCCGUAGCCCCUUUUAUUUAUACUGUCUGGAAAAGCCGAUAUUUUCCGCCAUGUAAAUUUGACGGUUUUCGAGGUAGUGUCAGAGCUGUAUCAAAUGCGACGGAUGGCUUUUGUUUAUGGAGAGCUCUUAAGAUGCAAUUUUGGGUGUUUUUUGUGAAAAGAGUCUCGUCUCCAAUGUUCUAAACACCUUUUUUGAUGUUCGCUUCAAUGUCCUGAAGAUAAUCAACAAUCGAUGCUACACAUUGCAGACUUCUUAACAACCAAUGAAUCAACUGAUUGCUAUGCCCUUCCCAAAAUUCUCUACAAUAUUCUCCACAAUAGACAAUUAUGGUGUUUCUUUUACGUUGAAUGUAAGACAAACAUUUCAAGUUCGCUACUUACCAAUUAGAUUUUUUUUUUUUUUUUACCCGCCCGCCAAUACUUGAACUGUUACACACUUACGUGGCAUUUACUGUAUGUGAGCGCACACACUUUUGGUGUACAGCCUCUUUACAAACGCAUGACUCGUUUUUUCCACAUCCUUGUAUUGUACCAUCCAAACUGUAAUCCUGCUUUUGCUUUUUUUUCCUGUGAGGUAAUGGUAGUUCAUGUGAUCAUAUCAGCGGGCCGGAUUGAUGCUGUGUGCGUAGCGAUGCUUUCGUGAUGCCGUUUAGGUGCUACAUCAUCCCCCCCGUUGUUGUCGUUGCAUUGGAAAAGGGACAGCAAAUGAGGGUUACGAUGGUAGUCGUGCCAACAUUCUGAGGCUGAAGUGUCCUUGAGUAAGGCGCCAAGUUCAGUGGAGCCGCCCAAAUGCCAAUGAACGGGGUAGCUUGGAUUUCAUUUCCGGAGAUUAUCGGUGCCAAAAGAAAGUGGCUAUAUGACAGCUGGGCUAGUUUUAGAAAAAUAAAUGCCCUACUACCAAUAAUAAUCGACCUUUUGAGGUAGAUUUAAUCAGGGUUUACAUUACAGACUCCGAACAGUUAUUCCACACACGGUUGUUCUGCAAAUAGUGGCAGACUCAACUGCAAAUGGAGCGAGGCGUCUAUUAGGGGUGAGGCCUUUAAUUUUGGAAUAAUAUGAAAGAAUGUUACCAGUGUAUUAGACUACAUGUCAAACAGGAAUUUAAAAGGAAAUGGGAGCCACACAACAUUGUGGCGUGACGGCCUGCUCCAAUGCUUGGUUGUCCUUAAUGUGCCAUCUUAUUCUUCAUUAUUUGCUUUAUGGAUGAUAAACCUUCCUUAAACUGAUGCAUGUGCCAUUUUAAAAUGUUGUUGUAGUUUAUUGAAUCCAUGUAUUUUUAUUUAUUUAUUUAUUUUUUAAAAAUAACCAUGUAGCCUUUUGUUGAUGAGCGUGGAUGUGACAUGCCAAUAAUACAGCUAAUACAAAGCGGUGAUGCGUACGAAGAAGCAUUAGUGGCACACUGGAAAGAAGAAAAGUCGUAAUCUUAUGAAAAUAAUGUCAUUUUGAUAUCUAAUGUUGUAAUAAAUGCAGAAUAUUUGGAUUAUAUUGCGGAUGAAGUUUGGA